CUCUCUCUCUCGCCAGUCUCCUCCCUUUAUUCACGCCGCUCGAUCACUUCCAAAUUCUCACUUUUUCUCCUCCACUCCACUGCUAAAACAAAAACAAGAGGAAAGAAAGGUUUCCUACAUCUCCCUUUCAUUACAACCAAACCUUGCUCACAAAAUGUCUGAGUUUUCUUUCUCAAACACCUUCAAGAAGACAGAAUUCUCUAGCCUUCUCCUCUCUGACUUCUUCAAAAUUUGUUUCUUCGUUCUCUCACACCCUCUCUACUUCUCCUACUUCAUCUUCUUCUCCCCAUAUCUUCUCAAGUUCCUCUCUUUCCUCUCCCCUCUCUUCAUCACCACCCUCCUCCUCCUUCUCGUUCUUCUCACUGUCUCUCCACACCUUGUCCAAGAAAAGCCUCACUCAUCCGAAUUGGGUUUUCUUGUCAGCACAUCUCAAACUGUUUUGAACGUGUUGCAGCCAAAAGUGGACGAUGACAGUGAAAGCUUUCACCAGUUUGAGGAGCUUGAAGUUUACAAGAUUGUGUUCGACACCUCCAGCUUCGAAAUCAGAGAGGAGGAACCUGUUGAAGUUUUGGAGGUGGAAGUUAAAGAAAUUUGCUCAUCACAAGCAUAUGAUGAAGCACCGGUUGACAAGAGUUUGGUUUAUGAAGGCAAAUCAGAAGGAAUCAUCAGUGAGCAGAGUAUGGAAGUGAAGAGGCUGGAAUGCCUUUUUCAAGAAGAGAAUGAGUUAGAAAAAACUAUGUCGUUUUCAAAGGAAGAAAAAGAAGUCAACCCACCAGGCGUAGAGUCCUAUAAAGUGGAAGAAAAAGAAGAAGAAGAAGAAGAAGAAGAAGAAGACAAAGAAAAAGCAUCCAAAGUGAUGGAGAUUAAUGCUCCCAAUCUUGGAAGCUUUGGUUCAAUGAGGAAAGAGAAGGAGUGGAGAAGGACAUUGGCAUGCAAGCUUUUCGAGGAGAGACACAAUGUGGAAGGAGGAGGAGGAGGAGAAGGGAUGGAUAUGCUUUGGGAGACAUAUGAGACGGAGUCCAAUAAGGGAAAAGGUGGCAGCAACAGGAAGAAAAGCGAUGACGAUGAUGAUGAUGAAGAUGAAGAGGAAGACAUGGAUGAGCAGCUUUGCUGUUUACAGGCUCUGAAGUUUUCAGCAGGGAAGAUGAACUUAGGAAUGGGAAAGCCUAAUCUUGUCAAGAUCUCCAAGACCCUCAAAGGGUUUGGAUGGUUGCACAAUCUCAGCAGGCAUGGCAAGAAAGGAUACCGUUGAAUUUUGUUCAUGUUUAAUUAAUUUGGAAUUAUCAGAUCAUGUGUCAUGUUUAAUUAAGAAUAACAAGUAAAUAUAUAUGCUCUUUUGUUUAA